AUGUUCAACUGUCCCUCCUGCCACCGCGCAGUCCUCAUCUCCAGCAUCGACCAGCACCUCGACGGCAAAUGUCGAACCCCCACCACCACCUCCUCCUCCUCCUCCGACGCGCCACAGCAGAAGCAGAAACCGCAAAAUAUAGCCUCGAUUUUUGCAAAACCUGCAAAGCGGAAGACGAGCAUCGAGAGUGGUCCUGCUCCGAUCGACCUAGACCAAGAUACCAACGACGCGUCCUCGACAUCUGGCCCUGACGCGCCGGCUAAGAGACUUAAAUCCGAACCAGGCCUCAGCACCCUCAGACACUCUUCUUCCUUCUCCGCCAAACAGCCACCAUCUCAAUCCUCCCCGAAACCCCCGCCAGCCAGCUCGACUUCCGAAUCACCGCAGCCGCCGUCGCGUCGAGACGCAAGACGCGCCGCACUACCGCUCGCAGAGCGCGUCCGCCCUUCGUCGCUGGACGAGUUCGUCGGGCAGAAAAACGUGGUUGGCGAGAAUGGAAUCCUGCGCCGGUUUAUCGAGACCGAUAGUUGUCCGUCCAUGAUACUUUGGGGUCCUCCUGGCGUGGGCAAGACCACUCUUGCUCGUCUCAUAACCGCGUCAACAAAGUCUCGGUUUGUCGAGUUAUCAGCCACCUCGGCCUCGGUCGCAAAGUGCAAAGAUGUCUUUGACGAAGCCCGAAACGAGUUACGGCUCACGCGCCGAAAAACGUAUCUUUUUCUCGACGAGAUUCAUCGCUUCAACAGAGCCCAGCAGGAUAUCUUCCUACCAUACAUUGAAAGAGGGGACAUCAUGCUGAUCGGAGCUACCACCGAAAACCCAUCCUUCAAACUAAACUCAGCGCUCCUCUCGCGCUGUCGCACAUUCACUCUGCAAAAGCUCUCGCAAGACGAGCUCUACACCAUCGUCCGACGGAUCUCGGUCUCUCUCGCAGCCGACUAUAACCUCGACCUCUCAUCAUCUCCGUCUGGCGUGGUCACCGAGGACGCGCUCAGGUAUCUCGCCGGUCUAGCUGACGGAGACGGUCGGUCGGCUAUCAACCUUUUCGAACUCGUAGUCGCCUCCUCACUCCCCAACCCCUCCGCACACACGGCCCCUCCCACUCCGAUCGAAGUCGACCAGCUCAAAAAGGACCUCCAGCGCUCGCACCUGCUGUACGACAGCAAAGGCGACGGCCACUACGACACCAUCUCUGCUUUCCACAAAUCCGUCCGCGGCUCGGACCCCGACGCCGCGCUCUACUACCUCGCGCGCAUGCUCGAGGCCGGCGAACCACCAAUGUACCUCGCGCGGCGCAUGAUGCGCAUCGCGUCCGAGGACGUCGGGCUCGCGGACGACUCGUGUCUGCCGUUUGCGGUCGCGACCGCGGCCGCGGUGGAGAAAGUCGGGAUGCCGGAGUGCGACGUGAUUCUUGCGCACUGCGCGGUAAAACUCGCGACGGCGAAGAAAUCCGUGCGUGUGUAUAGAGCGUAUAACGUGCUCAAGGAUAGGUUCGCACACGACCCCGUAUACCGCGCGGCGUCGGUGCCGAUCCAUCUCCGCAACGCGCCGACGAAGCUGAUGAAGGAGAUCGGGUAUGGCAAGGAGUACAAGUAUAACCCGAACUUUGCCGACGGGAAGGUCAAGCAGGAGUAUCUGCCGCCGGAGAUCCAGGGCACGCAGUUCUUGCAGGAGCUUGAUCUUGGGGUUGAGCGCGAUCCGGACCUCGAGCGCGAGGAGUACUUUUAG